CUGCGCCAUCUCCCUGUCUCCUCCCCAAGGUCCCGUCCAUUUAUUCUCCAGCUUGAUCAGCUUCUUCGUCCUGUACGUCGCAUUCGUGCAUCCGGUGUUGAUGUCUUCCAGCCGCAAUGCUCAGCUUCAACAUCAUCCCUAGUUUCCCUGAAUACACGGGCCCCUUUGCCGUAGGCUCAUGCGAUGCUGAAUUGCCCGUAGCGGAUCUUACCGCACCCAGCCCAGCACCAGAGGGCUCUGAUAUCGCCACGGUCUCGUUCCGAAUCUUCUAUCCGUGCGAGCCAACAACCAAAUCAAGGCCGAUUCGAUGGCUUCCAGGUCCCCAGAAGGCGUCGCUGGCAGCGUACGCAAAAUUUCUAGGCGCCAACAACCUGGUUGCUGAAGGCAUAUCCCUUUUCCCGCAUCUGCUUUACUACACAACAAUCCCGGCUCUUCGUAACGCCCCUCUACUUAAGCCGACGACAAGAGCGGGACGAUGGCCAGUCAUGGUGUUUUCCCAUGGUCUUGGUGGCUCGCGAAAUGCGUAUUCGCAUAUCUGUGGCACUUUGGCAAGCCAUGGUCUCAUUGUGAUUGCCCCCGACCACAGAGACAGGUCUGCUCCGGUUUCGUACAUUCGAGCGACGAGCAAGACUCCGGCCAAGAUUCUCGAUUACAAACGAUAUUCGCAUACCCCUUCUCCAGAGGUCUACGCUGGAAGAGAUGAGCAGUUGAAGAUUCGGCUGUGGGAACUUGGCUUGAUCCAUGAUGCAAUGCUAAGAAUGGAUCUUGGCCAGACUCUGGACAACCUCGAUCCGAACUGCACCACGUGGCGCAAAAAGGACAAGAAUGACGUUUUGAAGAUGUUCAACGGGGUCAUGGACGUCCACAGGCCCGGCGCAAUCAUCUGGGCUGGACACAGCUUUGGCGCUUGCACGACCACGCAAUUGCUCAAGAGCACGUACUGGGGUCCUGCUCGGGGCGAAAAGGCGGUUAAUAACCCCUUGUUUUCGCCCGGCGCCGACUCGAGCCUUUCGAAGCAAAUCACGCCGGACAGCCCAGCCAUUCUUCUGGACAUGUGGUGUCUGCCUCUACAAUCGCCUCAAACUAGGGAGUUAUGGGAGAAGCCAAUGCCUGGCUUCGCUCCAAAUGGCCCAGGAGGUCGUGGCAUCCUUGCGAUUCUGUCGGAGGCCUUUUUCAAGUGGCAGGACAACUUGUCGGCGAUGAGCAUGGCCCUGACGUCGAACAUACCCGGCGAUUCGCGGCCUGGGCCGCGGUUUUUUUACCCGACAACGUCAGCCCAUCUAUCACAGAGCGACUUCGGAAUCCUGUUCGGCUGGCUGAUAAAGAGGGUGUUGAAGACCGAGCAGCCUCCGGAGCGGUACAUCAAGCUGAAUGCAAGGGCGAUUCUGGAGGUGUUGCGUGAGAACAACUACGAGGUCGCCGAAACCAGCGCCUUUGAUCGCGAGGAGGAAACAGAGGAGGCCAAGACGGUUCCGGAUGGAGGCGUAAAGAAGACGGGCGAUUGGAGGAUUCUGGAUGUCGACGGUAACAUUCCAGGCUGGAAGGCGAUCAACCUCGACCGGUUGACUGGAGACGGGGGGCAACCAGUCCGUGGGCGCAGUCCGGCCAACGAGACCGAAGUCCUAGGUGAGGUAGCUGCCUGAGUUUUCACUGUUUCUGGGGCAAGAUUCAUCAAUUGGCGUUUUUUUUUUGUUGUUGUGUGAGCGUUCUUAGCGAUUAGAGAGCAUAUGUCCUGGGUGAUUUAGCAGGAGUUUCGGUACAACAUGUUCUGACCAAGAGAUCCUCAAUGUCGAGGAAUGAAUGAACGAAACGAAUUGGAAUUGUGUUAUAUUCUGGAAUCAUGGUUCAAGGCUUAGAGAUAUGUUGAAGGGUCAAAAAUAAAAGCUUUCAGGCCAAGAGAGCCUUUUUGAGUCUCUAA